AUGAACAGCAAAGUUGAACAACACAAAGAAGGUAUCGUUAGCUUUUGCCUAACGCAACUUGAACAAUUUCAGCCAAGGUGCGAUUACAGGGAACUACUUGAGCUUUCACUUAUUUUGCUGGGAGAGACACCGCCAAGGGGAGUCAGAGUUCUGCAACCUGGAGCUCUGCAUAGGGCACGCUGGAUGGCGAGACUAAUAUACGCCUUCAAAUUGUACAUGUAUCGUCAUCAGUUUCUGCUGACAAGAGUUGAAGAAAAGGGAAUCUGUCGCUUCAUCGUUUUUGGUAUCUGUGUGUAUCUUAGAUCGUGCGAGGAACUUGUUGGAGCUGCGUUUUUCGAUGAUCAGAUUUCUCAUGAGGAGAAAGUGUUGAUGGUUGAUACUCUGUCAGUGGAAUCAAAAACAACCAACGAUUUCACCAAAAGAGUGCAGAUGAAUAUUAAUGACAUAUCUGAUGAAAUGUCUGUCAAAGACUUUGUGUCUUCGAACACCAUGCAAUUCUUUGCAAUCCUCGGACUGCCUCAAUCAUUUCUAAACAAGAGACCCUCCAAGUGGAGAGAAGAUGAACAGUACAAGAAAGCUUUUGAAGUUGUAAGCAGUAUAAAGCCAGUCAAUGAUUUUGCAGAGAGAGGAGUUGCUUUGAUGCAGGAUUUUAACAGAGCAAUAGUAUCAUCUGAAGAACAAAAGCAGUAUCUUCUGCAAGUUGUUGAGUACCAUCGUAUUCAGUAUCCAAACUCAAAGAAAGAGACAUUAGUGGGAGGAAAUACAUCUCCUUAA